AUGGCCGUAGCACAGUUAUCCAUAGAAAUCGAUCUCGACGACGAAAUCGAAGACUUGGUCGAUCUAUGUGGUCAGCUAAAACGGUUGGGCACGAACCUAAAAAAGUUAGGACGAGCGAAGUACUCAGAGCGAAUGCUUGAGGAAAAGCUCGAGCACGCUAAAGAAACUUGGCGCGAUAUACGUACCAAGUAUAAUAGCGUGCGUAAGCAAAUUCCUGCAGCGGAAAGACCGUCACACGACAUCUUUAAGCUGAAUUAUAUGAGGAAUGCCGAGGAAGAUUUCCAGGAUUUCCAGGAUCUCGUCCUUACUGAACUCGGCCGACUGAGCGCUGAGUCUAAACCAGCGUCGUCGGACGUUCAAUUUAGUAUACCGAUCGAACUCCCGAAGCAACGAUUACCCAAGUUCGGAGGAGAUCCUCAGGAAUGGGAACAUUUCGAGGACCUGUUCACCUCCGGGGUCAUACGGAAUGCAGGACUGUCGGAUGUGCAAAGAUUGCAUUAUCUGAAUGCCUGCCUAGAGGGACCAGCUCUAGCGUCCAUUGCUUCGAUCGAGAUCGUCGGUCGUAAUUUUUCAGUGGCAUGGUCGAGACUGAAGAACACCUUCGGCCUCCCACGCAUAGUCACGGGAAAAUUGCUGGAUAAGCUCCUGUUUUUAAAACCCAUUGAUACCGGUGAUCUGGCUAGCAUGCAGCAGAUCACCGUGGGUUGUACACAGGCGCUCGCCGCCCUCGAUAAGAAGGGCACGCCCGAACAGCAGCGAGACUGGCUACUCGCGCAUUGGGCGAAGCAAAAAUUCUCGCCUGCGCUUGAGUUAGAGUGGCAGAAAACGCUCAACCUCUCGACAGAAUAUCCUACGUUCGAGGACGUACGGAGGUUCAUCGAGAUGCACUCACGCGCACUGCUCUCCAUGGACGAGAAGCGUCGCGAGGCUGCACUUGCGGCUGCCACAAAAUCGAGCGUACGUAGUCGUAGCACGACUCGGGAAACGAGAUCGGCCUCAAGACACGUGCGGAGCCAUAACGCCGUUGUGGAAACCGACUCGGCUGCACAGUCGCGAGGGUCGAGCCUCGACGCCGUAAGGCAGGUCGGCCCUUCGCAGAAGCAAAAGUGCGGGUUCUGUACCGGACCGCACAGCUUACAGCAGUGUAGCGCCUUUUUGGUUCUGCCGGAAAAAACACGUAGCCAAUAUGUGCUGGGUCGCCACUGGUGUGUACAAUGCCUGGCCUCUACCCACACAGUGCUACACUGCCAAAGCCCCGCAGUAUGUGCAAAGUGCAGUGGGAAGCAUCAUAUCCUGCUGCAUUACGCGCAAAACCGGGAAGGAAAAAAUACGAGGCCGUUUGCAAAUAAUUCGUACGGUAAGCGUGAGGAGAGGCGUACGAACGCCCCAUCACGCAGACCGGUCAAGUCGAAGCCGAAAGCAAAAACCUCUGCUUCAGGCACCAAUACAAACACCGCCUCGACGUCGCACUGUACCGCGCUCGGUACAGGCGUACCGAGGCCGGUGGUAUUGGCAACGGCACGAGUACGAGUAUUCGGCAGAAACGGUGCGUCGCGAAUCGCGCGCGCUUUGCUAGACCAGGGCUCGGAAACGUCAUUCGUUUCCGCCGGCUUAGCAAACGACCUCCAUUUAUUGCGUAAACGAACCCCAGCCACGGUAACGGGCUUGGGGGGCGGUCGGACGCAAAUUAUAAAAUACAGCGUCGGACUGAGUCUCGGCGCGGUAAAAGCCAUAGAACCGAUAUGUGGUACAAACGCGUACGUCGUGCCAAAAAUCACGACCUACCGUGCACCGUCGGCGAAUGCGCUUAAUUAUGGCGCGUUCAGUGGCCUACCGCUUGCUGACCCCGACCCCGAGGCUGAUCGGAAUAUUGAAAUUCUGAUCGGUGCGGACCUGUAUGCACAGGUGAUCCGACCGGGAUUCCGACGAGGGACGAACAAGGGUCCCAUCGCCCAAGAAACUGUAUUUGGCUGGAUCAUAUCCGGCCCGAUAAAUGCAGCGGGCGAAAACCAGAAAACCGUAAGGACGCUGCAUUGCACCGUCCUCGAAUCGCUUGAUUACGCAAUUCGGCGGUUCUGGGAGAGCGAGGAAAUUCCCUCGACCUCGCUGCGUACCAAGGCGGAGGAGGAGUGCGAAGCAUUCUUUCGAAAAACCGUCACGCGGCACGCAACGGGACGUUUUGUAGUCCGGUUACCUUUAAAUGACCCGAGACCGGACGAAGCGUUAGGAAGUUCCUUCCAUAUAGCGCUCUCCGCUCUUACAAGGUUGCGGAGGAAACUGGACGGCGACAUGACCCUCAAAAGAGAAUAUUCUGAAUUUCUCGCGGAGUAUGAGUCCUUAGGUCAUAUGACUCGAAUCGAGCCCAUUGACCAAACUAGGCUCUACAUCCCGCACAGAGCGGUCAUUCGCACGGAAAGUGCGACAACCAAAUUGCGGGUCGUAUUUAAUGCGACCAGCAGAACGGUUGGAGGUCGCUCCCUAAACGACAUCCUACACGUAGGUCCAAAAUUGCAGAACGACAUUACCUCGGUUCUAACAAGGUGGCGUCUGCAUGAAUACGUGUUGGUGGCUGACAUUGAGAAGAUGUUUCGACAAAUUCUGGUCGCCCCACAGGAUCGUCGUUUUCAAUGCAUCUUAUGGCGCGUACCUGAAACCGAACAGCUGGAAGCGUUCGAGUUAAAUACCGUUACAUACGGCACGGCGUGCGCCCCGUACUUAGCGAUGCGAACCCUUCUCGAAUUGAAGGAGCAGGAUGGAGAUAGAUUUCCUCUCGCCGCUCCUAUUCUCGAGAAGGACACAUACGUCGAUGACGUAUUUAUGGGAGCGCCCGACAAAUCCUUGCUUGAGAAAAUUCGCACUCAAGUUUGCGAGCUCCUGCAAGGAGGUGGAUUUGAGUUGAGAAAGUGGGCCGGAAAUUCGCCGCAACUGCUGCGAAAUAUCCCCCAAAGCGCUCACUCCCACGCCGUAGACCUCACCUUGUUCGAUGAUUCCGAACUAAAGGUGCUCGGUUUACGGUGGAUACCGUCUGGAGAUUAUUUUUAUUUUAAUCUGCAACGGUUUCAACCAUCUGCAUCACCGAUGACAAAAAGAAAUUUGUUCUCGGAGAUUGCCAAGCUGUUCGACCCGCUUGGCUGGUUAUCACCAGUCGUAAUUCGGGCAAAGAUUUUGAUGCAGUCCCAAUGGCUGGAGAAAAUCCAGUGGGACGACCAAAUCUCAGCGAAUACGCUCAAAACGUGGAACACGUUUUGCGUAGACUGGAGCAGCUUGAAGGAAUUAAAAUUUCCUAGAUGGAUCCGAUACGGAGCCGACGCAGUUUCCGUAGAACUACACGGAUUCUGCGACGCCUCACUCGCAGCCUAUUCGGCCGUCACGUAUUUACGCGUGACGACGAAAAGCAAUGACGUGUUUACGACAUUGAUAAUGGCAAAAACGCGGGUGGCUCCGAUCAAAACGCAGUCCAUCCCCGUUCUGGAAUUGAACGGGGCUGUGCUUCUCUCCGAGCUCGUGGUACACGUAAAACGGUCAAUGGCCUUGAACGUGGACC